GUUGCGGUUCCUCCUAGAUAUGAUGAAAUAUGUAAAGAUGUCAUGGAUGAUAGAUAUGAUAAGAGAAAACAACAUAUGGAAAAUCAAGAAUAUUAUGAUAAUAACCGUAUGUUGUUAUCGGAAAUUCUUCUUCUGGCAAAAAGUGAAGGUAGAAGUUUACGUCAGCAAUAUAAAAAUCGUGGUGGUAACCGUAGUGGAAAUCGUGGAGCCAACAGUAAUGAGUCAAUGUGUAUUUCUGCGCGACGAUCUUUUGCAGAUAUUGGCGAUAUAGUGAAAGGAACAAAUCUCGUGGAUAGAGAUGAUGGUAACGACGUUGAAAAACAUUUGAAGGAAAUGUUCACUACACUGAGGCAA